AUGCCUUGGUGCUUUUUACGUACAUGCGUACUUAGUCCUUGAACCGGUGCAGACUCAUGUGAUCGCAUCGGGAGUUUUGUUCGAUUUUGGGAGUAAACAAAAACAAACGUAAAUAACUUACAAUGGUGUGUGGGAAGCGAUGUGGAAUCGCAACUGGAGUUGUUGGUGUUUUCUUUCUAGCAGCGGGAAUAGUUUUCCUUUUUGUUGCUAAGACUUUGGUUAAUAAUCAAAUUUCAAAUCAAAUAACUUUGAAGAACAAUGCCACAUUCAACAACUGGGUCACAAACCCCACACCCAUUUAUUUCCAAAUCUGGGUAUGGGACCUGCAGAAUCCGCUUGAAGUGAAGCAGGGAUUACGACCUGCACUGGCACAAAAGGGCCCAUACACAUACCGUGAGAACCGUCACAAGAUUAAUGUGACCUUCCAUGACAACAAUGGUACAGUGACAUACCGCGAGGACAAAUACUACAUCUUUGAUAGGGACCUUUCAGUUGGACCAGAGACAGACACGUUUACAACAGUCAACAUCCCUCUCAUGGUGAUUGCCAACAUCGUGAAACGGGAAUUCUCUUGGCUGCAGAAGUUAGUCGACUCGUUGCUGGACUGGGGAGAGACAGAUGUGUUUAUGACCCUGUCUGUGAAGGACCUGGUGUGGGGGUAUGAUGAACCCCUAAUUAACAAGACCAUUGGUGUUCUAAAGGAGCUAGGCUUCCCGCUUAAGAUUGACGACCAUUUUGGGAUCUUUGUUGGGACCAACAACUCCGACGAUGGCUGGUACAACAUCAAGACUGGGGCUGGGGACCCAAGCUCCUUUGGACUCAUCAAGAAUUGGAACUGGAAAAAUGUAGUGCCAUACUGGACCACACCUUCUUGUAAUAUGGUGAAUGGAACAGAUGGUACCAUUUUCCAUCCAUUUGUCAAAAAGUCUGAUGUGAUUUACGUCUUCUCAACUGAUCUAUGCAGGUCAAUUUACUUUACAUUCUAUAGCUUUGAAACGCAACAUGGUAUAGAUGUAUUGCGAUUCACAACGCCAGUGUCAGUAUUUGCAGGGUAUAUGCAGAACCCAGCAAACCUUGGCUUCUGUUUGCCUUAUACUGACUGCGUAAAUAGAUCCGGGCUUCUUCUUGUACAGAAUUGCAAAUUUGGUGCCCCCCUGGUGUUCUCUCAGCCCCACUUCCUCAACGCAGACCCUGGGAUAAUGAACGCUGUGAUUGGCAUGAGACCUGACCCAGACGAGCAUGGCACUUUCAUUGAUAUUGAACCGAAUACUGGGGCAGCUUUGUAUGCAGCAAAAAGGCUUCAAAUAAACAUUCAGCUAGAGAAUGUGGACAACAUCGAAAAGACCCAGAAGUUACCAAGAGUUGUCCUACCAGUGCUAUGGUUGAAUGAGAGCUCGGUUGUAACAAAGGAACUCGCGGAUGAAUUCAAGUCCCAGCUUCAAACCCCCGUGUUGGAGAUGCAUGUUGGGAUUUACGUUGCUAUCGGUGUGGGCGCCCUCAUGAUCGUUAGCGUUGUGUUAGUGGCAAUUAUUAGAAAAAGGCGUCAGACCCAGAUUGCCUAUGUCACAGUCAAUGACAACUGAUGGAAAAAUAUCGUCAACUUGUUAGCAUCAGUUGUAGAACAAAUUGAAAGUAAAAUUAGUCCAUUUAUGCAGAUAUAUCAUUUACAUUUGGGGAAAUUAAAAUUGCUGUCCUGAAGGUAGAAGGCAACAUUUUUACCUAGAGGUCAAAAUUUUGAACUGUUGCCCUGAGGCUGCUAUGUUUCAAAAUAUUGUCUUCUUUACUCUUUGCUUAUAAUUUGACUGUUUCUAAAUAUCAAUAAAAUAUCUAUUUUUAUUACCUACUUUUAAAAUGAAUCAUAAUUCAUUUUGUUUCAUAUAAUAAUAAUGAUAAUGAUUAUAAUAAUAAUAAUGAUAAUAAUACCAAACACAGAAUAAUGUUGAUGAUAAUUUUCAUUUUGAGCUCAUCUAUUUUUUGAAAAAAAUUAUGAGCUGUUGUCAUCACCUUGGCGUCGGUGUCGGCGUCAACGUCGGCGACCGGUUAAGUUUUGCGUUUAGGUCCACUUUUCUCAUAAAGUAUCAAUGCUAUUGCAUUCAAACUCGGUACACUUACCAACUAUCAUGAGGGGACUGGGCAGGCAAAGUUAGAUAACUAUGGCUUGCAUUUUGACAAAAUUAUGUGCCCUUUUUAUACUUAGAAUAUAGAAAAUUUUGGUAAAGUUUUGUAAAGGUCUAUUUUAUUCCUAAAGUAUCAAAGCUAUUGCUUUCAUACUUGCAACACUUACUAUUGUAAGGGGACUAUGCAGGCAAAGUUAUGUAACUUUGACUGGCAUUUUGACGGAAUUAUGGGCCCUUUAUACUUGAAAAUUUAGUUAUGUUUUGUGUUUUGGUCCACUUUACCCCUAAAGUAUCAGAUAUUGCUUUCAUACUUGGAUCACUCGCAAACUAUCAUAAGGGGAAAGUAAAGGACAAGUUGCAUAACUCUGGUUGUCAAUUUAAUGGAAUUAUGGCCCUUUUUUGACUUAGUAACUUUGAAUAUAUGGUUACAUUUUGUGUUUAGAUCCACUUUACUUCUUCAGUAUCAAGGCUAUUGCUUUUUAAUUUCAAAUACUUUCAUGAGGGUACUGUAUCUGGCAAGUUGAAUUUUACCUUGACCUUUGAAUGACCUCCGUCCGUCUGUCCGAAAAAAACUUUGACAUUGGCCAUAACUUUUUCACUUUUAAAGAUAGCAACUUGGUAUUUGGCAUGCAUGAUUAUCUCAUGGAGCUGCACAUUUUGAGUGGUGAAAGGUCAAGAUCAUCCUUCAAGGUCAAAUUUAUGGCGUCUGUCUGUCCGAAAACUUUAACAUUGGCCAUAACUUUUUCAAUAUUGAAGAUAGCAACUUGAUAUGUGGCAUGCAUGUGUAUCUCAUGGAGCUGAACAUUUUGAGUGGUGAAAGGUGAAGGUCAAGGUCAUCAUUUAAGGUCAAAUGUCAAAUAUAUGGCGUCUGUUCGUCCGAAAACUUUAACAUUGGCCAUAACUUGAAGAUUGCAACUUGAUAUUUGGCAUGCAUGUGGAUCUCAUGAAGCUGCACAUUUUAAGUGGUGGAAGUUCUAGGUCAAGGUCAUCCUUCAAGGUCAAGGUCAUCCUUCAAGGUCAAAGGUCAAAAAAAUAAAUUAAAAAUUUCAAAGCGGCGUUCUCAUGAAGCUGCACAUUUUGAGUGAAGGAAGUUCAAGGUCAAUGUCAUUCUUCAAGGUCAAGGUCAUCCUUCUUGGUCAAAGGUCAAAAAAUAAAAUCAAAGCGGCGUUAUCAUGAAGCUACACAUUUCGAGUGGUGGAAGUUCAAGGUCAAUUUCAUACUUCAAGGUCAAGGUCAUCCUUCAAGGUCAAAGGAAAAAAAAUAAAAUUGAAAGCGGUGUUAUCAUGAAGCUGCACAUUUUGAGUGGUGGAAGUUAAAGGUCAAGGUCAUCCUUCAAAGUAAAAUUUUUUUUUUUUUAAUUUCAAAGUGAUGUUAUCAUGAAGCUGCACAUUUUGAGUGGUGGAAGUUAAAGGUCAAGGUCAUCCUUCAAGGUAAAAAAACCCAAACAAUUCAAAGCGGCGGUCUCAUGAAGCUGCACUUUUUUAGUGGUGGAAUUUCAAGGUCAACGUCAUUCUUCAAGGUCAAGGUCAUCCGUCAAGGUCAAAGGUAAAAAAAAUAAUUUCAAAGCAGUGUUAUCAUUAAGCUUCACAUUUUUAGUUGUGAAUGUUCAAGAUCAAGGUCAUCCUUCAAGGUCAAGGUCAUCUUUCAAGGUCAAGGUCAUCUUUCAAGGUCAAAGGUAAAAAAAUAAAAAAAUUAGCGGCAUUAUCAUGAAGCUGUACAUUUUGAAUGGUGGAAGUAAAAGGUCAAGGUCAUCCUUCAAGGUCAAUUUUUUUUUAAAUUGCAAAUUUGCGUUCUCAUGAAGCUGCACAUUUUAAGUGAUGGAUGUUUAAGGUCAAGGUCAUCCUUCAAGAUCAAGGUUAAUUUUCAAGGUCAAAGGUCAAAAAAUAUAUAAUCAAAGCGGCGUUUUCAUAAAGCUGCACAUUUUGAGUGGUGGCAGUUCAAGGUCAAGGUCAUUCUUCAAGGUCAAUGUCAUCCUUCAAGGUUAAAGGUAAAAAAUAAUAAUUUCAAAGCGACGUUAUCAUGAAGCUGCACAUUUUGAGUGGUGGAAGUUCAAGGUCAAGGUCAUCCUUCAUGGUCAAGGUCAUCCUUUAAGGUCAAA